GCCACAGUGUGAAACGGAAGACUGCUGAGUGUCUCUCCACUUACUGCGAACCACAAGGAAAACUUAAGAAAAAAGCAGGAAAGAUCAGAAGGAUGUCAGGGUUUCUGGAUGGGAUCCGAUGUGGGGAUUGUGAGUGUAAUGUGGACUGGAGUGAGAAGAGAAACACCAUCGCCUCCAUCGCAGCUGGUGUUCUGUUUUUCACAGGCUGGUGGAUCAUCAUCGAUGCUGCGAUAAUGUACCCUAAAGAAGAACAGUUCCAUCACGCAUACCAUACCUGUGGAGUAAUAGCGACUGUAGCCUUCCUCAUGAUCAAUGCCGUGUCCAAUGGGCAGGUUAGGGGGGACAGCUACAGCGAGGGCUGCUUGGGCCAGACAGGUGCCAGAGUUUGGCUCUUUAUCGGGUUCAUGUUGGCAUUCGGGUCUCUGAUCGCCUCUAUGUGGAUUCUGUUUGGAGGGUUUGUUGUGUCUGACCUAAAGGAUCUUUCAGUGUAUCCUGGUAUUGCUGUUUUCUUCCAAAAUGCAUUCAUCUUCUUUGGUGGUCUGGUGUUUAAGUUUGGCCGAACUGAGGACCUCUGGCAAUGAAGAACCAUUACCUCCAAUCAAAUCCCACCAUCCACCAACACACAACUUCUCUGUACUGCCUGACUUAAUGCUGCUUAUUUGCACACUCUCUCAUUCUCUUUCUCUAUCAAACUCUCGUUUUUGUAGUUCUCAGUCAACUCUUCAAUAUGUUUAUUCUUCUUUUGUUUCCUGUGUGGCCAAAGUGGGCCCACAGUACAAGAACAAUGCAAAUCCAUAGUCCAUACUCCUCCGCUGUCAGAAUGGGGUAUAGACUUGAGUGUAGAAUACAAAUUCUAAGUAUACAAUAGAAUUCCAAUUAUAUAACACACACAUAUAUAUAUAUAAAUGAUCCCAUGUAUGGAAUAGAGACUCCUUCAGCCUUGCUGGCAUUUUAUAUCGGAUUACUCACAGAAAUGAAAUAAAUCCGCAGCAGAUGAUGCACAGAGCAUGGUAAUAAAGUUUGUGGUUCAUCUGCGAGUGAUGCUUCUAAAAAGCAUUAGCUUUUACACCUAUCCUAACUAGACGCAAUGCAAAAAAGCAGUGCAACACAACACAGACACAGUCAGUCAAAACAUACGUUUAGUGCAGAGAUUAUACAUUACAUCUGUGGGGAACGGGAAUUUCUACCAAUCAUUUUUUAACUGGGCAGGGCUAUCGGGCACAACGCCAUAGAAAUAUAUCCAAGCAAUUGACAAAAUCAAGUGUUGUUCGUCGCUGGUUCUAGCUGGUUAGGACAUGAACGUUAUGCUUUAUCACACUUCUUCUUGUUAGGAUAUGGUGUUAACAAGACUUGCGAAGAGUGUCGUGGUGCAGAAAGUGUUUUCCUGCUGCGCAAAGACAGAAGAAGCUUUAUAAACCAAAAUGAGUGUGACUGGCUUUCAGUCCUUUAACUCACCGUGUUGCUAUUUUUAAUGCAUCAUCACGUGCAUGGGAGAAUUUUUCUUUUACUAAGCCACCAAAUUUGUAUCUGUUUCUUUAAGUAUAAACUUUCAUUCAUGUCAAAUAUCAAUGUGCAGAUUUGAGAAUACGCUCCUGCCAAAUCUGCCGUAUUGAUCAACCUUUGGGAAACUGACAUCACACAGCACCGGGUUUUGUUGUAAGUACCACUUUUGUAAGAUUUUAUUAUUUCCAUAAUUUUUCCAAGCUCUGACCGGCCAAUGUUAUACUCCCUAGGUUGUUUCAACGUUUGAAACGUAAUUAUUUUUGUCGUUCUGUUUGGUGGUGCAGAAAUCGCACUCAUCGCCUUUAAAAUGUCAUGCUAAUUGUCCAUGAUUGUGGGAACCCUGGUGAUAUAUUUUGUGAUUUCGAGCUUAAAGUCCACUCUCUGGGUAUGUUCAGGCAUAUUGGAGAGAUGUAUAAUAAAAAAAAAGUCAAUGUUUUCAAAAAGCACAAUUUUUUAUUAUUUCAGUGGUUAUGGGAGAAUACAGUAACGUCAGUCAGAGAAAUAGACUCGUCUGUCAACACUAAUAAAUUAGAUAAUUUCUACAUGCUUAAUGAAUGUUAACAUUUUAAUGUAUUCCAUGUUCCUCUUUCAGACAAAAUGUAGCUAAACUUCAUCCAUCUGUGGGCUCAAAACCAAUAAAAUUGUUGUAAAUAUGUACAGAGCUGAUAUUUCAUUUCCAGAAGAUCAAUUCUUUCACCUGAUAAUCUUUAUCCGCUAUAUGUCUUGUGCCUUGAGAUUAGUUUUAUACAUUGCAUUAGGUGAUGGUGUCUCGUAUCAGUUUGUCAUUGUCUGGCUGAAACAAACUGUUCUCUGUGUUUGCUGCUUCAACUGAAGUAAUUCAAUCCUGCAUCAGUUUCCUGAAGCUCAGAAAUUUCAUUGGCCUUGUUGUUUAGUGUGACUUGUCUCUUAGAAAAUGCAUUGUAUUUUAUUCAGUCAUAUAGUAAACUGUUUUUUUAGGCAAUCUCUCUCUCUCUCUCAUACACACACACACACACACUAUAUUUGUUGCAUUUUUGUUUUUAUGUCUUGAGUCCUCUGUUGCCAUGCUUCAUUUUUGUACCACCAAAUUAAGAAACUGCAAAACAAAUGAAUAAAUAAACUUUAAAUCAUGAACACUA